AUGAAAUUAUCAAUAGAGUGUCCAUCGAUUAUAGCUGUUUUCUUGAUUGAAAAGUCGAGUUCUGGUUCUAGUUUUGUCUUUCAUUGGCCUGUCCAGCCAAAACUCGAAAUUGGCGAAAAUCCUUACAGCUUCCAGACUACUACGAACUUGGAUGACCUACUUAAUGUUGAGAAUGAUGAAGAUUUAAUUUCAACAAAAGCAGAUGAUUAUCAUGUUUUAGGUUAUGAGAAAGAGUUUCUUGCGAAUUUUCUUUCGCCAAAACAGGAACUCUGUAAUCAAAAGUUUGAGCUUUGGGUUGAUGGAUUGACCUUUUUGGGAUGUCCAAUUCAUGUCGGAGCCGAUGGAGAAUGGGUUAAAAGAAGAAAGCACAAUCCGGAAGCAACAAUGGAAUCAAAAAAUUCGACAGGACCUGAACAAGUGGAACCAAACAUGUCAAGCACUCCUAAAGUGACACGCUCGAGAUCAAAACGUGAAUCCAGAAUUUCUAUGUUUCACGUUGUAUUUGUUCUCAAUAUUCCUACUGGACCUGAAUAUCUUCCAAUGGUUACAACGAUGUAUGAACAUAUUCUAGUGAAACUUUCAACUGCAUUGAAAUAUGAACAAGCUAAACGAAACUAUGUGGCUCGUGAGUGUCGACAAAUCACUCGACUUACCGAAAAGUGCAUUAACCAAAACAUUCCUUUUAAUACAUACGCAAGUCAAAUACCUAAUCAUUCUAAUCUCGCGGCAGCUUUGGCAAGCACUUUUGAAGCUAUUUCACGAACGGAUACAGCCCAUUUGCUAAUCAACAACUCCAUUGAUCUCUCACUUUUGUGGCCCCAACCAGUUUCAACAGCAACAAUUGAGCAUCCAGAGCUUCCAAGCAGACCGUCACUGAUUUUGGCUUCACAAACAAUAUUUUCUGAAGAAGAAAGCUCUCCCAUCGAACCCUUUUUAGCACCUCAUUGGUCCCUGCUUCUUUUGCAGGAACCCGAAGUUUUAAUGAAGAGUCUCCCACUUUCAAAAAACUCUCUUCUCGCUUCGUUUAUCGCAAAUGCAAAACCUAGCACAACUUUUAUAAAGUUGGCUAGGACACUAGCAAUUCCUCUUUCAGAGUGUUUUAUGCUUGCGAAGCACUUGAUUCACUGGCGACAAGCAAUUGCAAUCCCUCCCAUAACACCUCGUGGUACAUAUGUAACAUCUCCUACAGCUGAUUUAUCCAAACUGGCAUCGGAUUCUAUACUGUUUCAAAAAGUGUUUCCAAGUUUGCCAUCACUUUCAGUGUUUCUUGGUAUACUAUCGUUUAAGCCACGGCCAUUUAUGUCCAUUAUUCCGUCAAAAGAUCACGAGUCAAUCUAUCUUAAUAUGUUGGCCUGGUUAUAUCGUCGAAAAUGGGUAUAUGAACAAAACACAUAUCUGUAUAUACGUGUUCCAGAAUCUAUAAAGCAGAAAGCAAGUACAAUACUUCGGGAAGACAAGGGUACAGAUGUUCAGUUACUACAGCAGCUAGAUGCCGAUUCUGGCCAAGAGAGUAUCAUUAACGACCCACAUUCUGCAUCACUACUUGAGCAGCAAUGGCUUAUUACGAUCGCAAACGAACAAGAACCAGACCUUGCUUCUCUAUUUUUACAAAUUGCAAAGUAUUUUAAUGGACGACAUGCUUUGCAAACAAUAUCGAUUAUAGAAGGACUUCCAAGGAAAGCUGUCCGAAAUGUAAUUUCACGUUACAAACUAUACCUAAUUCGAUGGAAUUCUUGGUAA